AUGACAAAGCUGCUUCUGGCGAACCAAAGCAGCGCAUGGAAACGCCAUUUACCUUCCCGUCGGAGCGGUCCCUAUUUAUCUACUUGCACUUUGAUGUGCUUUCGAACUGCUAGGUGGGCAGGAGCUGGGACCGAGCAACGGGAGCUCACCCCGUUGCAGGGAUUCGAACCACGACCUUCUGAUCAGCAAGCCCUAGCCACCUGGGUAGUUCAGGUUUAUUACCAUCCUUCCGCCGUCACCAAUUGCAUUCCUGUUUGUCUUGUAAAAGGUACUUUCAGCGGUGUCUAUUUUGCAAUAGCUGUGCAAGGCCACACCUCUUUGCAUGCUGGUAACCUGAUAAGCAGUUGGCUGGAGGGUGAUGAAGGAGAAACUCAAUUGUCAAAAGCUCAGCUUUGGAACAGAGGCUUAAAAGAGAAGACAUCAUCACAGAUCAGUUCCACAGACAUGGCUCAGAAAGACCCCUGCCAGAAGUAUGCCUGUGAAAUCCAGAAAUGCUUGCAAGCCAACAACUACUUGGAAUCGAAAUGUGAAGCCGUUCUCCAGGAGAUGAGAAGAUGUUGUGCCCGCUUUCCCAAGGGCAGAUCCAUCUCCUGCUCAGGGUUUGAGUUGCAGGAGAGAGAGAAGCAGGUAUCAUCUUCCCACGGAUUUCAAGCCCACAAACCCUGAGGAUGCACUAACCUUCGGGGAGUGGAAGACAUUCCUGCAAACUACGUUGCUGCGCAAUACCUCAUCUGCACCGCUUGCGUUGACACGAGGUGCAAGGCAGCUCCUCUUUCGGACAUUCUCAGAAGCCAGAAAACAAUGGCCCGUCUGUUAAGGGUAGAGCUGCUAGUUGUUCUACUAUCAAAACGUGUCAGUACUGUAGCCUUAUUGUGGAUUAGAUUGGAGUAGAAUUAACUUGAUGUGUAAAUGUUCAACGUCAUCUACUUUUAUUAUCAGGAGUAGCAAUAUUUCACUGCAAAGUGAAGUCCAAGCAGCCUUUAUGCUGGAAUCUUAAGUUUUUUAAACAAUCUUGUUAGACACAAAAUAACAUCCUUGAGAUGCAGAAACUGUACUCCCGUGAAGUCAGCACUUCCCAGUCUUUCAGAAGUUGUCCUUUUCGUGCUCCUGCAUUUUGCUGUGCAGUUGUAUGAAGUGUUGGCAACUAAAGCUCCAGAGAACUUGGGCUUAUCCUCUUUUUGGCUGGGCAAUUGUUAGGUUACCUGUGUGCCUCUGUUUCCUCAUCUGCAAAACAGGACAUACCACUUCUUCUUUUUGGACUGUAGAUUUAGUAGCACUCGAAUCCAAUUGCACAAUGCUUAAUUAUGUGAAUGCUGUUGUGGAAGCAGCUGAUUUCAGGGAUAGCUAUAGAGUGGUGUGUUCUCCCCCUCCGCCUUUGCAAAGCAAUAGUCACUUUCUGGAAAACCAGAGUGGUGGAAGAGGUAUUUUUUAAAUGCCCCACUCGGCAAUUUGUGUGAGCAAAGCCUCAUUUCAAUUGGAAUGUGGUUGUAGCACCUCUUUUCCCCCAGCUGAGACCCUCCUGAACACAUCUCAGGAUUUUGACUAUCCUGUUACUAUUCUGUGUUCAAUCUAGUACCUCUCAGUGUUGAAGUAACUUCAAGACCACUACAAUGUUCUGUGUGCAUCAUAAGCAGGCAUAACCAAAACCAGUGGAACAAUCUGUGUUGGAAAUAUUUAACUUUAAUGCUGCAAAAAUAAAAUAAAAUAAACUAUCUGAACAUACUUUCAGAACUGUAAGAAUGAUUUUUAAGACGUAUGGCCUAUAACAUCUCUCGCUUGUCUUGCCUUUCCUAGGUUGCAAUCCUAUACAGUGGUACCUUGGGUUACAAACGCUUUGGGCUACAAACUCCGCUAACCCGGAAGUAGUACCUUGGGUUGCAAACUUUGCCCCAGGAUGAGAAUGGAAAUCGCGCAGCGGCAACAGCGGGAGGCCCCAUUAGUGAAAGCACGCCUCGGGUUAAGACUGGUUUCGGGUUAAGAACGGCCCUCCGGAACAAAUUAAGCUCAUAACCCGAGGUACCACUGUAUACAAUUGCUUUCCAAGCUACCCACCCACCCAGAUAACUUGAAAAUUGUUGAGGGUCUUGGUGGACUUAAUGACUGUUCUGCCAGUUGUAGCAAUUUUAAUGCACUCUGUUAUAUGAUUUUAAACUUUAUUGCUUCUCUUUAUUGCAAAUUCAAAUUGCCAUAAAAUAUAAGAAAUAAAAGAAGCAAUUAAAGAAAUUAAUAUAAAUAUUUAACGUAAUGGAUAUGCCGUUUCCCAUCUUCAGUACAAAUCAACCUCAGACUGCCUGAAUGAGGCUUGUAGACCAGUUUGGGAGCCCCUGCUAGAUACACCUAACUGGUGAGUAGUAGGCAGGUGCUGCAAGGUAACACUGGUAACAAUAGCCCUUCAUGAUUCACGAGUACGCAUGUUGUCAAACUUACAUUUUAACUAACUCAACCUGUAUUGAGAAAUUCUGUAGUGAGCAAGGAUCAGAGGAUUAUUGUUGCCACAGUAGUCAACAGCCCAAUCUCAGAAUACGGAAAUGCCUUGGUUCAGAUUUCACCUGUACCAUGCAUGCAGCCACUACAGUAGUGAUUACAUGUGGUAAAUACUGUACUGAAGAUUGCUUGUGGGGGGGCUGUAGUUCACUGGUGAGAUCUGCUUUGCAUGCACAAGGCCCCAGAUUAGAUCCAUGGCAUUUCCUUAAAGGAAGCAAAUGACAGACAGCUGCCUGAACCCUUGGAAAGACAUUCUGUGCACGAUAGACCAUAAUUCUGACUUGAGAUAAAGUAGUUUUUCACAGGUACUGUUCAGCUCCGGGAGCUGGUUAAUGUUAACCCAGAAACAUACAGCACAAUUCUAAGCCUGUCUGUUCAGAAGCAAGCCUCAUUGCAUUCAAAUGACUUACUCCCAGACAAGGAUUUGUGUAAGGAUGUUAUUGCUUUAGUUAAAAGUGGGAGGCGGCACAGUCUGCAAGCCACUUGUACAAAGUCACUAGUUUUCCGGUCACCUUAACUUGUUCUGAAGCCAAAUUGGUGGGUGCAGGUGUCACAACUGGUGAUAAGAGGAGAGGAUCUCUUGUGGAUCAGCACCUAGUUAAAGAACAGGAAGUAAGAACAAAUGGGCAGUUCUCUCACUGGAGGGAGGUAGAGUUCUCUGACCCCGAGGAUCUGGACUGGGAUCUGCUUUUAAACUUGUUCAAAAACUAUAUAGUGGGGCAGCCAGUUUGGGUGAAGACACCAAGUUGUUCAGGGUCAUUAAAGCAAAAGGACUGCGAAGAACACCAAACUAGCCUUAAAAACUGGGCAAAUGGGCAUUGAAAUGCCAUGUAAUUCAAUGCAAGCAGGUGUUAAGUGAUGCAUAGGGUGGGGGGAUCCUAAUUUCACAUAUAGGUUAACAGAAUCUGAACUGUCAGUAACUGACCAGGAACAGGACCUUGGCAUCAUUGUGGAUAGCUCAAUUAAGUUGUAGGUGCAGUGUGCAGAAUAAGGGCAUUCCUCUCCAAGCUGUCCUCUCCAAGCAUAACCUUGUGUACAAAGGUGUGUGUGUGUGUGUGUUUACAGGUAACUGCAGCAUGCAAUCCAUGGAACUGCAUGAGGUAAUGCAGCCAUUUGGCCCAAAUAGUUAUUGACUCCUGCCUUAAAGUCACACAUCCCUUCAGCA